AUGAAAAUUAAAAAAUCAAUAGUAAUAUUAUUUCUAAUUUAUUUUUUAAAUUUUAUAAAUGGGCAAAAUGAUAUAACAUUUUCAAUAUAUUUGGAUCAGUGUGGUAGUCAAAUUACAGUUGGUAUUAACCAAUGUUUAUCGAUAAAUUCUUGUGGUUAUCGUGCCAUGCAAGUGACAGAAGGUGAUAGUAUAUCCGGAUUUUAUUCUGCAUUAUUUUAUAAUUCUAAUGAUUGUUCAAAUUUUGUGCCAGAUAACACGUUAUUGUUUAAUUGCCCAAGUGAUGGUUUCCCUGGUGAAUUCUCUGUCAAAUGCAACACGCCAGGAGUAACAACUCAUUCAUCAUUUUCAAGUGAAGUUGGAACAAUUUUAGCAGGUGUCACUUCAAUUUUAUCAAUGGCUUCAACUGCUUCUACAUCAUCAUCAUCAUCAUCAUCAUCAUCAUCAUCAUCAUCAUCAUCAUCAUCAUCAUCAGGUUCAGCAACAACAGGAGGUGGAGUAGUUAGUUCAUUAACAACAAUGGCAUCAGCAGCAUCUUCUUCAUUAUCAUCCUCAUCUUCAGGUUCGUCUACAAGUGGAGGUGGCGUUAAAGGUGCUACUUGUAAUAGUGAAAAAUCAAAAUCAACAAUCGUUGCUGAUUAUAUUAAUGAAACACCAUAUAUUCAAUGCAAUGGGUCACCUGAUAUGGUUUGUAGUAAUUCUUUAUGUACUAGUGUGUUACCAAACUAUACUGUCACUUGUUUAGCAAAUUAUCAUAUCAGUUGUACAGGUAUUUCAGUUAAAUGUUCAAUUGGUGGUAUUGAAAUUUGUGAAUUAAAUUGGCAAUAUUCAACAACAACAUCCCAAUCCAAUUCUAAUAGUGAAGCAAACUUUUCAAUUUCCAAAUUUAAUAAUAUUUUUUCAUUUUCAAAUUCAUUUUUAAUGAUUUUUUCAAUAGUAUUAACAAUAUCAUCAACUGUAAUAAUAAAUAAUUUAAAUUUUAUAUAA